AUGGAGCCAGAACUAAUCGACACAGUGUCAGCUUUGAAGUCAUGUUUGUCCGAUCUCCAACUUCCGGCAAGAGGGCCACCAUCUCUGUACAUGGACCUUGAAGACAAUGACUUGUGCAGGGAAGGCACUCUGUCGCUCUUGGCUUUGUUGGUCGUUCCUCGCGAUACCAUUCACGUCAUCGAUGUGACGACUUUGGGCAAAGAAGCAUUCGCGUCUCCGGGGUCGACACAUACGCUGAAAUCCAUUCUGGAGUCCGAGAGUAUCGUGAAGGUGUUCUUCGACAUCAGCAACGAUUCCGAUGCUCUGUACAGCCACUUCGGUGUCCGCGUCGCCGGCAUUCAGGACGUCCAGCUUAUGGAGCUGGCCACCAGAGGCCACAACAAACGUUGCGUGAACGGCCUCGCCAGGUGCAUUGAAUCGGACGCUCAGCUCGGGUAUGAAGAGAGGCGUGAAUGGAGGGAAAUGAAGAACAAAGGUCGCCGUCUGUUCGCGCCAGAAUUGGGAGGAAGUUAUGCAGUCUUCGACCGACGUCCGCUGGACUCCGAGAUCAUCAAGUACUGCGCUCAGGACGUACAGCUUCUGCCGAAGCUUCGCUCGAUGUACUGUCAGCAGCUUUGCGAUGCGUGGUGGCUCAAGAUUAAGGAAGAGACUGAGGCUCGGAUCCAGCUGUCGCAAUCUCCAAAGUACAAUGGCAAGGGUCGAAACAUGACCCUUGGUCCUCCUGCGUGGUCCUCCUGGAGUCCUACGGUGGCUGAGCGAGGGAUCCGGGUGUUGCUUGAACAACAAGACAAGCCUAACCAUGAGGGAGAGGUGAUGUCUGCCGCCGCAGCAGCCGGGCCAUCGGAGGCAGAGGGAAGUCCAGGACAACCCACCAGCGAAGCAUCGGAUACAGAGCUAGGACCGAUCGCUCGUGCGUUGCAGGAGAUGAGGAGCACGUCUGAGCGAAGUAAUUCCAGCGAUGGUGAAGACGACGAAUACGGCUAUCGCCAUGGCUAUAUGAGCCCAGGAAGAGCAUACAGCUAUGACAGCGGUGAUGGGACCGGUCCAGAUUUGACGGCCUGUGACAAAGAAUGCGGAUACUGUGGCCACUGUCCGUACUAA